CGCAUCGCACGUACGGUCUCAGGCGCAUCGGCCUCGCCGCUGCACAACGCCGGAGACGAUACGACGGCGGCUACGGGAUGACGGUCUUCCACUUCCUCAACUGCGCCUUCCUCACCUUCGGGCCUCACGUCGUCUACUACUCCGCCACGCCCCUGUCAGAGUAUGAUACAAUCGGCACUUCUAUAAAAGCAGCUGCUGUUUAUCUUGGAACUGCGCUUGUAAAGCUUGUUUGCUUGGCAACAUUGCUCAAAGUACCUGAGAAUGAUAGCUUUGACCCCUAUCAGGAGUUAAUGAAAGUUUUUAUUGGAUUCAUAGAUGUAGCUGGACUGUAUUUUGCUUUGACCCAGCUGACCCACAGAAACAUCUCUCAGAAUCAUAAGUUCCAGGCUGUUGGUCUUGGUUGGGCUUUUGCUGAUUCAGUUUUGCACCGACUGGCACCUCUCUGGAUUGGGGCAAGAGGGCUUGAAUUUACAUGGGAGUACAUAUUUCAAGGACUUGAAGCGAAUGCUAAUCUUGUGAUGACCCUCUCCCUUGCUGCAUUGGGGUCCUUGAUGUGGCUUAGGAAGAACAAGCCUAGGACUUUGGUUCCAAUAAUUUAUGCAUGUGCUCUGCUCUUGGCAACAAUGCCAUCUAUCACCAGCUACUUGAGGAGGUCAUUGGAGUGGCAGACACCAAAGGUGGUUGGCUUCGAGCUCUUCUCCUCCCUUGUUAUGGCUUUCAUCAGCUGGCAGCUGUUCUCGGCUUGUCAGAGACCGAUGUAACAAGACAUCCAUACCACUGCCAAUUUUACGUGCAAUUUGAAGCUCCUGAGUACGUCAGAAGAAUUAGGAAGAUCCUUUGAACUUUGAGCUACAACUCUUCUUCUUGGCGUUCGGUUACAGAACAUUUUACUUAGAACAUCUGUUGUAACUUGUGAGCUGUAGAGCAGAAACACAUGCCUGAAAUGAGUUAUUCUAUAACAGAUGCUCAUGUAGGCGUUUGAUCUGAAACAUUUGUUUAUUAUUAUUGCGGUGUGCAUUUCAGAUGCUCUCUUUAAAGUCGCAUCAUCUAGCGUAUAGAUCAUGUCCCAGAGACCGUUUUUUUUUUAAAUUGACCUUUUUUGUCAAAAAUAUUCAUAUAUACCCUUUGCAUCCUUGGAUCAUAGGUCUCGGUCCGUAUCCUUUGCGUGGUGACGGACAUGACGUUGACGUGGCAUAUUUUGGUGUUAACCAUGUAGGCAUUGCCAGGCUUAGCGUUGACCUUUAGAAUUGUCGUGUUGUAGCGUGUAAAAGUUGCUUGUAGCCUGUGUAAACGCAUGUAUAAUAUAUAUUAAUGCAUCAUGAGAGCAUGUCCAAGAGACUAUUUUUG